UUGCGCAACUGUAUGUUGUGAUUUUAACAGUAGCAACAUGUCUGCCUCCAUGGUGCGAGCGACCGUCCGAGCGGUCAGCAAAAGAAAGAUACUCCCCACAAGAGCCGCGCUGACCCUGACUCCAGCUGCUGUGAGCAAGAUCAGGUUGUUGCUGCAGGACAAACCAGAAUAUAUCGGUUUGAAGGUUGGAGUGAGAACACGAGGCUGUAAUGGACUGACCUACACACUGGACUACACCAAGGAGAGAGACAAGUCGGACGAGGAGGUGCUACAGGACGGUGUGAGGGUGUUUAUAGAGAAGAAGGCCCAGCUGACCCUCCUGGGAACCGAGAUGGACUUCUUGGAGUCAAAGCUGUCCAGUGAAUUUGUCUUCAACAAUCCCAACAUCAAGGGCACGUGUGGCUGCGGAGAAAGCUUCAACAUGUGAGCGUCCCGGAGCCUCCGUCCUCCCGCUACCUCCCCGCUCCGAACCCCGUCUCAUCGAUAAAGACUUAGAGACCGUUGAAGAGGACAUGAAGCGACAUGAGAUGCAGACGUCCCCGAGUUCCCGCCGCCGCUCUUCCUGCCCACCGCUCACAUACACCUCCGUCUGAAACCCGAGUCGUCACGCUUAGAGGAAGAUUUUAUUAACAUCUGUGUCGACAAGCACGAUUUUAGGUUCACAUACCGCUGAUGUCUGUCCUUUUUUAUUCUCGGCUCUGCGUCUAGAAAACCGUAGGACCUCAGAAGCAAGUUGUUGUGUUUUUUUUUUUAUUUAGUUGCCAUUUCACUCACUUGCGCACGUUAUUUUCAGAAGUUUUGUCAAACUCCACCGUAUGCAGGAGAAAACGGUGCCGAAGGUGCUCACUGAAGCUGGGAGCUGACGAGGACGAAGCAUGAUGCCAUCACCAAUCCGGUUUUCAGGUCUGAACCCCAUGAAGCCAACGUCAGCGCUUUGAUAAUCGCACUGUAAGGCGGCGCGCCGUCCUCCAGUGUCGCGUACCACGAGCACGCUAACGUGGAAGAGUGUCUUGAAACUGUUUUAUCAGUUUGUAAAAGUCUUUUGAAAAGUUUAAAAGUAUAUAUUUAUCUCUGUGUGUGUGUGUAAAUAUAAAGAAUGUAAAUCCCUUGAACAAUAAAUACGCACAAUAAAAAAACAAACAACCAACACAACGCACAAAAGCUCGUAUCGUUCACGUAGUCGUACACGAAGUCGCCGCUGGUUUCCUCUCGCCUGACCGAAGCCAGAACUUUGUGUUUGUAUAAAUGGCGUGCUCUUAAGAUGUAACCUGUGCAAUACGUCUGUGUACAUAUUAAAUGAUAAUAAAUGAAUAAACACGAC